AUGUUUAAAAGUAUUAUGUAUAUAAAGAUUAUUGAUAACAACGCACAGUCGGGAUUAGAAUUAAUCCAGUUCAUAUUGGUAUACUAGUAAAAGAUGAUGAUAGUGUUUGUGAUACUUAUCUGCUUCAAUGGUCUCCUUGUUAACUCUGAGAGUAACUACCUUCCCUUCCUAUAUCCUACUGACUAUUUAACAAUCGGCAAUACUUCUUAUAGAGUUAAUGUAUCAUUCCCGUCCACACUUGAAUUUGGAUCCUCUUGUUUCAACUAUGCAAUAAUUGAGAUUUAUGGAUAUAUCUCUUUUGGUGGUAGCUUGUAUAUUAUGCCAUUAUUAGACAUUAAUAUAGAUUUAACUGCUGGAAGAGGUGAAGUACGUUAUGCUAUUAUAACUCCGACAACAAAUCUUUCAUUGUGCAAUCAAGUCAAUGAUUACUUAUCUAAUUCAACUGGUAGUAGUGUAUCUGUUGAAUGGAUACUGUGGGUCUAUUGGUAUGACCUAUGUCCAGAUACUGAUAAUAUUUGUAACAAUACUGAGGUUAAUUAAUAAUAUAACUUAUAUUAAAUAAUUUUUCUUGUAGUCUAAUCAUUUUCAGGUUGUAGUAGCUCAUCAAAAUAAUGCCACAUAUGCCGCGUUUGUAUACAAGUGUGGACUCAUAAA